AUGCGGUCAGCAGUUGCGCAAGACCCUGCUACUGGCGGCGUGGGUGACAACAUCAAGGCGGCGCAGUGCGACGCGGCGGCGGCGCGGCCCGCAGCGGCGAAGGGCGCGUAUGCCUACGGAGACGCGAUCAUAUCAGCCGCGCCGAUGGCCGACGGCUCCGUCGUGCGGGGCCGCUUUGCCGUUGCGUCGGGGGGCGCCAGUGCCGAGUGCGGGGAGUGGCUACAAGUCGGGCUCCUGCAGCGGGUGCCGCAGUCACUCAAGGAGCAGGCGGCCACCUGCUGGCGCACGCUGCCGACCGCCGUAACCGCUUUCGCGGCGCUCUGCGAGGACACCGUGUCGCUGCUGUCGCCCCUCGCCUAUGCGCGUACCCAAUUCCCCGCCAACCCCGCCGCCGCUGCGAUGUUCAACGCCACGGUCGCGUCGGUCGCCCGCCUCGACCCCGCGACCGGCGCGCUGAGCGCCGCCGCCGCCGCGGCGCCGGUGUUUGUCGCGGCCGCGGGCGCGGCGCCCGCCAAGUGCGCCGGCGCCGUCGUGCGCGCUGAUUUUUUGAUGCGGUACAUGAUGGACGCGGCCACCGGCGACGCGCAGCUCGUUUCGGUGUCGGUCGACUUGACCGUGAGUGACAUCACCUUCUCGGCCGCGCCCGCGGCGCCGCAGGCGGCAAGCGUCGCGUGGGCGGACGCCGCGGCGCCGGCCGCAGCGCUGCUGCCGUUCAGCGGCGCCCCAGGGUACCUGGAGGGCUUCCCCGUUUUGGCGGGGGUCAAGCAGGCGAGCGGCGCUAAGGCGGCCGUCGCGCGCCUGAAGGGCGGCCUGCAGCUGCCGGCGCCCGGCGCCGGCGGCGCGUGCGGCGGCGCGCGCGGCGCAAGCGUCGGGUUCGGCUACAACGGGAGCGCGUACUGCGCGGGCGCCGCGACGCUGGCGGAGCUGCAGGCGCUCUGCGACCCGGCCGCCGACGCGUCCGCGGCGGCGCGCGCGGCGGCGGGCGGCGUGCUGCUCGACGCGGCGCUUGCGGGCACGCUGGUGCUUGGCGUGUGGGGCAGCAGCGACGCCGCGAACGCUAACGAGUGGGUGCAGGUCGCGGUCGCGGGCUGGCCGCCCGCGGCGCCGCAGUGGUCGGCGGGGGAGCGGCGGUGCGACGGCGUCGUCACCGGCUUUGACCUGAAGAUCGUCACCGGAGUCGCCUUCUCGGCCGGCAACCCCCAGCGCAAAAUCGUCCACGCGCAGCUCUGCCUCACCACCGGCAGCUGGGCGCACGACGCGCGCCGCGCGGCGGCGGCGGGCGGCGCGGCGCAGGCGUUCCCGCUGCGGUUCUCGGUGAGCUUCGCGGCGCUGGACCAGGGCGCGCCCGCGGCGGCGCUGCGGCCGGCGCCGCCGCUGGUGAUGCCGCUGCCCCCAGACUUGUUCUAUCCCUUUUUGCGAUCCUCUGGCGAUUGA